UAUAUCUGUUAAUUAAUGUCAUAUUAUUAUAUUUGAUAAGCCGUGUUUUGAAAUGGAAGACCACAAGAACAGUGAAGUUAAUAUUAAAAAUGAUAAAAAUGGUGUGUGUCCAGAAGAUGUGCUUACACCGACGUUACACAAAGCUGUUAAGGAUAUUAUAAAGAGAGAAGGAUACGUGACCCACGUAUUGAAUGCACGAUCUCUACCACAGGAUGGAGCAAACUAUAUGACAAAGUUGGUUGUAGCCAACAUAAAGGGAAAAACUGCUGAAGGAGACAAAGUAACAGAUAUUUUUGUAAAAGAAAUCUUACCUGAUGAUGAGAACGGUUUCUUUCUAGCAUCAGAAUUCCAUUCAAUGGAAUUAUUUGUAUACAGGGAGCCAUUAAGAUAUUACAAAAAAUUGCAAGAAGAAGCAGGUAUUCCUAUUGAGGAUAGAUAUAAUAUUACAAAGUUCUACGAAGAAAGUAACUCGCAGUUUAUUAUAUUAGAAAAUUUAGUAAGCCAAGGCUACACUUCAGUAAAUAGAAUGGAUCCAAUUACAUUGAAUUUCGCAGAACAAUCGGUGAAGCAACUUGCAAAAUUCCAUUCGCUAGCAUUCGUAUUGAAAAACAAACACCCAGAUUAUUUUGACAAGAAGAUAAGAUCUCUGGAAUUUAAAGUUGAUUUUGGGGACAAAUGGAAAACGUUCAUAAAAAACAUUUUUUCAGCAUCAACGCAAGAGCUAAGUAGUGAUAUCAGAAAGAAAACGGAUGCUUUUCUUCCAAUUUUUUUGGAAAGAUUUCCGCAGUAUUAUCAGGACAAAUCUGUGGAAUGUUUGUGCCACGGGGAUUAUAGAGCUAAUAAUAUUUUGUUGAAAAAUGACGAUGGCAAAAUAACGAAAAUUAUUCCAGUCGAUUACCAAGCAAUACGAUAUGGCAAUCCUAUUACCGACCUAAUAUACUUCAUAUUCUUAGGAACGGACCAACAAUUCAGGAAAGAUCAUUUAGAGAACAUUAAAAAUCUAUAUCACGACACGAUGGCACGUUUCCUGAAAUACUUCGAUAUGGAUGUGGAAGAUUACUUUCCAAGGGCGCAAUUUGAGAAGGAGUUCGCAGCGAAGUUAGAUUUUGGAUUUAUGACAGCUACAUGGCUUCUACCUUUUGUAUUCGCAGCCGAAGAUGAUUUACCCGAAAUUAAUGGAGCAGUAGACAAGGUAGACUACAACGUGGAUAAGAGAAUGAAGUACAGAUUAGAAGGCAUCGUGGACGACUUUAUUAAAUGGGGAUACUUGUAAUGAAAUCAGUAAAUUGUUAAGACAAGGUUUAUAUUAAUAAAC